GAAAAUUUGCUCAUGACAGAUAAUCAGAAGGUACCAGAAAGCGCGCCAUGAUAUUCAUCUUCCGAUGGCGAUAAUAUCCCCUGGAGGCUCCAAUAAUUGCCUGUUAUCUCGCCUCAGAGCCUUAAUAAAACAACAGAGACUCGUCCAUGCAUUGUCUGAAGGAGGAUUGCAAGCUCAAUUUCACACUAAAAUGGUGCCAGACUCGGUUCCUGACAAAGGCUGCAUUGAUAUGUCAAAAUGGAAAAAGUUGGAUUCGAGGAACCUUGGGAUAAAACCCUCCAUGGUUUCGCAACCCUCUUGGAUUGUCUUAAAAAUUCUUCAGAGUGAAGGGUUUGAAGCCUACUUAGUGGGUGGAUGUGUCAGAGAUUUGAUCCUCAAAAGAAUACCUAAAGACUUUGACGUGAUCACUACAGCUAAUCUUAAACAGAUCAAGAGGCAAUUUUAUCGUGCAGAAAUUGUUGGAAGACGAUUCCCUAUAUGUAGGGUGCAUGUUAAAGGUUCUGUCAUCGAGGUGUCCAGUUUUGAAACAGUUGCAAAACAUGCUGGAAAAAAGGAAGCUGAUUCCCCUUGUAGGCCACCUGGCUGUGAUAAGAAAGAUUUCAUCCGUUGGAGAAACAGCAUGCAUCGGGACUUCACUAUUAACAGUUUAUUCUUUGAUCCUUUUGCAAAUAAGAUCUAUGAUUAUGCCAAUGGAAUGGUGGACUUGAGGUCCUUAAAGCUACGGACGUUAGGCCCUGCCAAGUUAUCAUUUGAAGAGGAUUGCGCACGAAUCUUGCGGGGUUUAAGAAUUGCUGCUCGUCUGAGUUUGUCAAUAUCAAAAGAAACUGAGACUGCGAUGCAUAGGCUUUCUUCAUCCAUUUUAAAGUUGGAUAAGUCCAGAAUAAUGAUGGAGUUGAACUAUAUGCUCUCUUAUGGAGCUGCUGAGCCAUCAUUCUGUUUGCUAUGGAGAUUUGAUCUACUCAAAAUUCUACUUCCCUUGCAUGCAGCAUACUUUGAUCGACAGAGCAAAAAUAUGAAAACUGCUCAGAGUUCCACGAUGUUGAUGAAGCUAUUCUCUAGUUUGGAUAAAGUGGUUAGCUGUGAUCGACCUUCUGAAUCCACUUUAUGGGUCGGACUGUUGGCAUUUCACCUUGCACUAGUCAAUAACCCACAAGAUGCUCUUGUAGUGUUGACUUUUGCUUCUGUCCUGUAUCAUGAAGAAUGGGAAGAAGGUGUUAAAUUUUCCAGAGACAAUGCUGAAGGGAUCGUUAAUUAUGUACCUGAGAUCUUAUGCUCAUCUGAAUUUAAAUCAGACAAAGUACUUGCAAAAGAAGUUUCCCAGUUAGCUUCUUUUGUGCUAGAUUCUAUUUCCGCUUUAACUGCAACAGAGAGUCUUAUUGAAUCAAUGUCCAGAUAUCCUGUUUUCCCAUGCUCUGGGUUGGUAUUUGUACCAAAGAAAAUGGCUGAAGAGGUUGCUGAAAUUUUUAAAGGGCUGGUGAACAUCAAAUCUUACAAUAAAGGAAGGAAGAGUUUGCAGAUUGAUUACCACUCUCUUGGGAAAGGCUAUUUGAGUGAGGUUAGGUUUGUUAUUGGAAAAGUUAUUUUAGAAACCAUGAACAGUGGGAUUUUGCAAGGGAAGGAACUUGUUCAGGAGUUGGACUACCACCUGCUGCAGGAAAACGUUAAAAAUUACAAUAAGGGUAGAAAACACAGCCUUAUACCAGAUACCCCUGAAGUAAAACAAGAGAUGUCCAAGAAACUGAAGUUGAAAGAACAGAAAUGCCAUCUGUUCGAGCAAGAUACAGCUAUCAAUAAGCAAGAGGUCGUUGAAUUGUGUCAAGCACCUCAGAGAGAGUUAAUUGCAGUUCUGGGAAAUAUGUUGGAGAAGAGAAAAUUUCAGUUACCGGAAGAGGAGGGGAUUAAGAAAAAUCAGGAGCUUUCUGAGGAUGAGAAGUUCCAGAAUAAGGGAGAGAAGAAGAUGCACUUGAAGACGAUAGAGAAGCUGCAGGAAUGUAUGCCACCUGAUAUGGCUACCAAACAGCAAUUAAACAAAGUUAAGAAGCAUAAUUCAAGUCAGGAGGAUACCAUUAAGCUGAAAAACAUGUUUCAGAAGAAAACACAGAAAGUGAUCAGUGAGGAGAUUGUGGAAGACAGACAAGUAACAGACAAGGGGAAAGGCAGUCUACCUCCGUUACCUAGUGUCGUCAGCAGUGAGGAGAUUCAGAAACGCAAACAAGUAGCAGACAACAAGAAAGGCGGUCUACCUCGAUUAUCUAGUCUCUUUAAGAGAUAAUAUUUUCUGUAACUAACAAAAUGGCGUUUGUUUACCUCCCCCAUCUAUCCUCUUUCUCGUAUGCACACAAUUGGCACGAAUAAUUCUUCCAUUUUUGUCUGCAGGUGUGUCAUAAAAUCCUAGGAGCUGGGGGAAAUACCCUUAAAAAUACCUCAAGGUUUUGCUCAUUGUAUCAUUAUGCCGUCUGCCCUCUUUUUCACUUCAUUCUUCGGUUUAACAAUUUUGAUUAGCCGUAGUUAAUACUGAUCUUGAUUAAGGAGCAUAAUUGUAUCACAAAUUUUGUAUCUAUUUCAUAAUUUAUUCAAGGAUGGUAUUUUUU